UUCUAACCCUUCACUAAAUCCGAAAAAUAAAUAAGAUUUUAAUGCUGAACUAAUAAGAAUAUUGAAUUAAACGUGAAGUGGAAUUUCCAACUAAAUCAUGUUUAAUCAGUGAAGUUGUUAUCUGUGACUGUUUCUUCAUUGAACGUACGUACUUCCUAUUAUUGUAGGCUUCAUUGAUUGAUUCGACUUCGUACCCAAACAAUAGUUACACCAUCAGCAUGCCUACAUUCCUGACCCCUGGUCGGCAUGGGUAUGCAGUCAAAUUCUCCCGGACCCGGCCGGAUAUGCUAGCGGUGGCUACGAGCCAGUACUACGGACUCGCAGGGGGCGGCACCUUGUUCUUUUUGGAACUAGCGCCCGAUGGAGCCACAAUACUGGAACUACAGAAGUUGGAAUGGAGUGAUGGGCUGUUUGAUGUGACAUGGUCAGGCACGACUGAGGGCUACGCGGCGUGCGGCGCGGGCGACGGCGCGGUGGUGGUGUGGCGGGCCGGGUGUGCGGCGCCGCUGCGGGUGUUGCGAGGCCACUGCAGUGAGGUGUGCUCUGUGGACUGGCCGAGGGCGCAUCUGCUGAGCGCUAGCUGGGAUACUAGUGUUAAGCUGUGGGACCCGGAAUCCGAAGCGUGCAUCUCCACGUUCGCGGGUCACUCUCAACUGGUGUACACGGCGGCGUUCUCCCCGCACUCGGGCGCCACGUUCGCGUCGGUCUCCGGGGACGGGCACCUCAAGCUGUGGAGCUGCGGCGACCCGGCGCGCCCCGCCGCCGCCGUCAAGGCGCACGAUGCUGAGGUGCUGUCAUGUGACUGGAGCCGCACGGAGUCGCACGCUCUGGCCACGGCGGGCUCGGACGGGCUCGUCCGCGGCUGGGACCUGCGCCGCCUCACCUCGCCCAUGUUCACACUCAAAGGUUGCGAGUGUGCGGUCAGACGGGUACAGUUCUCUCCACACGCUCCUUCAGUGAUAGCGGCUGUAUCUUACGACUUCACCACGAGGAUAUGGGACCUAAAACGCGGUUGCGAGCCUCUAGAAACCAUCCGCCACCACAGCGAGUUCACGUACGGGCUGGACUGGAGCCCGCUGCGGCCGCACCAGCUCGCCGACUGCGGCUGGGACUCGCUCGUGCACGUCUUCACCCCGCGCUCGCUCACUUAACAGAAGGAGACUGAGAGCUUGAGAUUAGUAAGAAAAAAGUGGAAAUAAACGGCUGUGCCAAUAAAUACUGUGCCAAAUGGGAUUUCCAAGAACUAACGGAACUUAGUGAUCGGAACAGUGUCAAUAAUAAGUAAUUUUUAAAGA